AUGACGGUGACCGAAUUGAAGACCGCUCUUCGUCAACGCGGACUGACCACGGACGGGUUAAAGGUCGAACUGAUAAAACGGUUGAACGAAUACGAUCCGAAUGUGUGGGGAGAGUUGGCGGAGACGCUGGGGGCCGCGCAGGGUGAGGACGGGGAUCCGGGUUGUUCGCGUCGGUCGGAUGGGGACGACGAGACACCGGCGGAGGACGAGGAGACUCGGGCACCGACGGCGAGCGUGGAGGUUCGAGCGUCGGCGACGAGGAUGGAGACUAGGGCGCCUGCGGCGAGCGUGAGGUCUCGGGCAUCGGUGGCGAGCGAAGAGGCUCGUGCACCGAGAGACAGGAGCUUCGCGGAGCAGGGCCUGGAGGACCAUAGCCUGAUGAGACGAGAGCUGGAGAUACUCCGCCGAGAGAGAGAGAGUGCUGGCGGAGAGAGCAACAGUUGCUGCAGCGAGAGCUGGAGAUUGGACAAUACUUUUUGGAGGUGGAAGCAACAACUGCAGUUAUUAAAGACCACCUACAAUCUGAACAAAAAUGCUACUCGCAUUUUAAUUAGUUCACGGUUGAAAGGACGCGCACUGUCGUGGUUCUACUCGAGGGCAGAAUACUUGGUGUUGAGCGUCGAAGAUCUGCUCAAGGAGAUGGAUCAGAUGUUUGAUCUGCGUCCGGGCAGGCUUACCAUGAGAAGGGAGUUUGAGUCCCGGACUUGGAAAUCAGGCGAAUCAUUUUGCGACUACUAUCAUGACAAAAUGAUCCUGGCGAAUCGAGUGCCGAUAGCUCAGGACGAAAUCCUGGACUAUGUGAUCGAGGGAGUGUCGGACCAGAGGUUGCGGAACCAGGCACGGAUGCUGAAUCUGGAGAGGGGAGCCGAUUUACUGAAGGCAUUCGAAAAGAUUCGAAUCGAUGGGGAGAGAACGAACGACAAAACCAGGAGGGACGGACAGAGGACUACCAACAGCAAAAGGACAGAGGCGACGACGGCUGAGGGAGUGCGAAGGUGUCAUCGUUGUCGCGAGACGGGGUACAUUGCAGCGUAUUGUAGGCGGACGUUACCGACUAGGAAAACGUGUUUCGUUUGCGGAUCGGAGGGUCAUUUCGCGCGGGAGUGUCCGAGACGUAAUCAAGCCUCAACGUCGGGGGCAUCGAAGGACGUGGCGCGGACUACCACGACAAAUAUGUUGCAUCCGGUCGAUCUUCCUAAGCCGUACAUGAUCCGUGUAAAGAUUUUGCCCGGUGACGCGAAAGAGAAAUGUACAUAUGUGGUGGACGCAAUGAUAGACUCCGGUUCGCCUAUUAGUCUGGUGCGCGACGACGUAGUUCCGUGCGAGGCGAGAUGCGACACGGCAAACGAACAGCCGUUCUGCGGGAUUAAUGGGUCGCGGCUGGAGAUCGAUGGUGCUUUCUUCGGUCAGUUGGAGGUCGGCGGGGUACGGGUCGGGAUGAAGUUCUAUGUGGUUCCUCGAAAGACAAUGGCUUUCGAUGUCUUGCUGGAGAGGGAUUUUUUAAACUGUCCGCGACUUCACGUUACGAUUGGCGAUACGUUUGAGAUCGCGGGGACCGAAGAGAAGAGCGCUAUAAACUCUUUAAUGCGCGUCGAUUGCGGCGGCGAUUCCAUUGAUCCGUGCGACGAAUUGAAAAUAAAUCCGGCGGUCGGCGGCGAGGUGGCCGCGCGGAUUUGCGGGGCGUACAAGGCGCAUUAUAUUAACAAGAUGCGAAUUGAGGAAAAUGCGCCCGAUUAUAAAAUGAUAAUUGCUCUAAAAAACAAACAACCAAUAAGUUCGCGGUCGCGACGAUUGUCCUUCGCGGAUAAGGAACUUCUACGCGAAAUUUUGGACGAUUUAUUGGAAAGAUCUAUUAUACAACCGAGUAGUUCUCCGUAUGCGAGUCCUAUAGUCUUGGUGCGGAAAAAGGACGGAGGGUGCCGUUUGUGCGUGGAUUAUCGAGAAUUGAAUAAAAUCACGAUACGCGACAAUUUUCCGACGGAAGUGAUAGACGAUAACAUCGAUCGUCUACAGGGAAAGGUGUAUUUUUCCAUCUUGGACAUGAAGGACAGAUUCCAUCAUGUCAGGAUGCAUGAAUCGUCCGUGAAGUACACGUCAUUCGUUACGCCUCUCGGGCAGUUCGAGUAUCUGCGCAUGCCAUUCGGGUUGGCGAACGCUCCACGGGUUUUUCAGCGAUUCGUGCAUAUGAUGUUCGAGGCAUUGAUCCGCGAAAAUAAGAUUCUAAUUUAUUUAGAUGAUUUGCUGAUCGCUACGAAAGAUCUAGACGAGCACAUCGAAAUCUUAUCGAGAGUGUUCGAGGUAGCAGGUGAGAAUCGAUUAGGAUUUCGACUCGAUAAGUGUCACUUCGCCCGGACGGAAAUAAAAUACCUGGGUUACUGCGUGAGUAGACACGGUAUCCGGCCGAGCGACGAGAAUGUUGCGUCCGUCGUUGACUAUCCGGUGCCGCGUAGCGCGAAGAACAUGCAGCAUUUUCUGGGGCUGGCGAGUUAUUUUCGCCGAUUUAUUCCUGGGUUUUCCCUAUUGGCGAAACCACUAUACGACUUGAUAAGAAAGAACGCGACAUUUAAAUAUGAGUCCUCUGAAAGUGCGGCUUUCGAGACACUGAAACGCCAUUUGUCGAAUGGACCGGUACUCGCGAUUUAUUCACCGCAGGCGGAGACUGAGCUGCAUUGUGACGCGAGUGCUAGCGGGUUCGGCGGUAUAUUGCUUCAAAAGCAAAGCGAUGGUUCGUGGCGUCCGAUCUCGUUUUGA